UUGCGAGAAUUUAGACAAUCAUGUCUGGACGCGGCAAAGGCGGCAAGGGUCUGGGUAAGGGAGGCGCUAAACGCCACCGCAAGGUUCUGCGCGACAACAUCCAGGGCAUUACCAAACCAGCUAUCCGUCGCCUGGCUCGGCGUGGCGGUGUGAAGCGCAUCUCCGGUCUCAUCUACGAAGAGACCCGCGGGGUGUUGAAGGUAUUCCUGGAGAACGUGAUCCGGGACGCCGUCACCUACACCGAGCACGCCAAGCGCAAGACUGUCACCGCCAUGGACGUGGUCUACGCGCUCAAGCGCCAGGGACGCACUCUAUACGGCUUCGGCGGUUAAAGGCUCAUUCUAUACAUUUUUUUUUAAAGGCCCUUUUCAGGGCCGCCCACCUCCGCUCAGGAAGAGCUGUACGCGACUUCCGUGUUCAAAACGUAUCUGUUGGAAAAAAAAGUGGUUCUGUUUUAAGGCUAACGUGGCCUUAUCUACAGGCCAAACUGUUCGCUUUCACUGCCGGUCUCCAUCAGCCAAUCUUUGGGCACCUGCUAAGAGUAGGGGUACCUUCGCCUAAUCAGGCCGCAAGUGCUCGCUUGUGGGUGGGGCUAACACUGGACUAA